ACAGGUAGUGCAGCUUUAAUUUAACCAAAUUCCGCGGCAGCAUGUUAAGUAUAUACACAAACUAAUAAGAGAUACUACGUAGUAUAUAUAAAUAUAUACAUCACCAAACACAGGCUUGUUUAGCACUUGCUUAUCAGCCUUUGUUUAUCAGUCGAUAAGACUUGUUUUCUAUGAUAAAUGAAUAUCAGAGAGUCAAUAAAUUGACAAAACUCAAAUAGUCAAUAUGAGUUCUUCAAGAAAAAAAUUGAAAGUUGAACAUUCUCCAAAUACAUUGAAACGUCAUGGCAACGAACAGGAAUUUGCGGGCAUAAAACGCGCUAAAGUCGAAAAAGAAAAUGAUGUCCGCACUUGGAAGAGAAAGAACUUCGUUGCUGCGUGUGAACAGGUGUCUUAUAAGGAGUAUUGUAACUUUGAAAAUCGCUUACAAUUAAUUUAUUUACCCGCUUGCUUGAACGAAAAGAAAUGCUGCCAUCAGGACGAUAAUCAGGUUUACGUAAAGGAGAUACCAAAUAACAUUGAGGAGAGAAUAAAGACUGAACUAAACACAAACAUGUGGUGUGAGGCUUUAGAAGUGUGCCAACUAUGCAUCUCACAUGAACAAUACUUAUCUGCUGCAGUUCUUAAAGAAAUUGUUGAAAUUAUCAUGAAUGUACAUGAAGACAAUUUCUUUGGGUACACUGCAGAUGAUGUAAUAAAGCAAGCACGCCAGAUAUUAACUUUAAACUUCAGUGCACAUCCCCCUUGUAACAAUGGACUGAAAAAGUUAUACAAAACACUCCUCACUUCACCCAUGGGCCUCAAAAAAAACACAUUCACUAAUAGGUCAGAUUUUCAAUGUGACAAGGGAAUAGUGAUAUAUUGCAUGAACAGACUAGAAUAUGAAAUUAAUUUGGACAGCAAGGAUGAACCUUUAGUUGACAAAUGUCAAAAUAUCCCAGAGGACAUGAAACAAGGUGUCAAAGGUGUAUAUUGGCAAAAGGAAAAGUUUGAAAUCUUUGAAGUUUUGGCAAGACCCGAAAGGAUACGAAGGAUAAUGGCUGUGUUAGAUACAAUUGUCGAACUUUUGCAAUUUGAUUUAGCUCUUUGGUAUUCAAGAUAUACCACUGGUCUCGAAAAACACUUGGUGAGAUCACACAAGCCCCUAAUGGCAUACAUAUUAAUGUCUGAUGUGUCACAUACAAAUGGAGUAAGCAACAUUUGCAGGCAGUUUUUGCAGCUUUUUUCUUAUAUGGUACACUUGAGAUAUCCUGAGGACCAUAUUAGAAUAAUGACUACAUGGCUCAACAUAAUAAUUCAAACAUACUACAUCUGUGAAAGUCAUUCGAACAGUGACUAUCCCAACACUGCAAGGUACUGCAUAGCCUUUGCCAAAGAAUUCUGUAAAAUUAUUGCAGAUCUUCCAAAUAAAACAGUAAUACAAAUACUGAACACAAUCCAGCCUUCCUUCAUGGUAAACCUCAUAGGAACUCUUUAUAUCCAAACAUUAUUGAACACACAGGAAGAAAACAUACUCAAGAUUUUUCUCAAUUUCAUCAACAAAAAGAAAUGGAAGGAUUUUUUAGAGAAUGAUACUGAUAUUGAGAUACCAAAAAAGUCAAUUAUCAAACCAAAAAAAGUAAAGGAUGUUCUCAAAUAUCUUACUAAAGCAUGUGAGACAAUAACUCUUUCAGAAUCUAAGGAGUGCGUUGAAGACAAUAUUUACAGGAAGUUUGAUCACAAUGCAAUUGAAAAUGAUCCUGAAAUUACCCUACAUGAAAUUGUUCUUAUCCUAUACAUCACUAUGGAAGCCUUUUUGGAUGCUCAUAGUGUCCAAUUGGUUCAAGACAAAAUUGAAAAUCUAAAUGAAAGAUUAACAGAAAUGGCAGGUGAUGUGACAAAUAAAAGUACCAUAUCAGAACAUUGUUCAUAUUCUGUAACAGAACACUUUAUUAAACGUUACAGAACAAUAUUUCAAGUUUCCACUGAAUUGGUAUCUAAACUAUACAAAUUGAAAGAAAGUAAUGAGUUACCUCCUUGUGUAUUGAAAAUAUCAAAUGCUUUAGGUUUUAUAGAGUAACAGUAAUUUUUACAAAGUAUGUAAAAAGAUAAUUAUAUAUAGGUAUUUAUAAUUUAUAGUACUAUUAAG